AUGCCUAAACCAACUUUCCUCCAGACGGUCCUCCGCAAGCCCACACGGUCAUAUGCCGACCCCAACGCUCCUUCGCCAUACGCGGAUGUACCAGAAAGGGCAUACCAGUACGCCCCGCCCUCAUCCCGGUACUCUGCACGGGUCGACAAUGGUGUCCACCUAGGGUUCAGAGAUUACGCCUAUGAUGACGGGCAUGCUCAGCCUGCACUAAAGGCUCGAAAGGCGCGGUCGGUCGUCUCGGAAGCGAUACAGGAGGAACCGUACAAUGCCAGCCGAUUCCCCAAGGCACGCAAGGCGCAGAGCACGGUGGGAUUGAGAGAGGCAGCGGCAGGAAGGCCGGCGUCUGCGGCGAGCGGGACGGUAAAGCGGAAGAAGAAGAAGACUGUGGAUGCAGAGUCGGUGAUUUCGCGGAAUGCAGGUCAAGGGAGGCGGCAGCAGGAAUGGCGGCCAGAGGAGGAAGAGGAGGAGCCGGAGACUCCUCAGAGACGGCCCGCCGCUCGUCAAAGGGAAGUCAGCAAUUCGUCCUCAUCGGCUGCGUCGUCUUCACUUCGUCCUCGGUCUCCAGUUCGAAAUGCCUCGCCCCUCGGCCCUGACGCUCCCUGUGGGCAACGCUCCAAAGGCAAUGCUGUUCAAAAGAUUGUCGCAGGCGGAGCAGCGCCACCUACCCCUCCUUCCAGCGAGCCCUCCAGCAGCCGCUCAUCCCGCGAGCGGAUGGACUCGGCCGCAAAGUCAAUGGGGGAUAUGCACCUCGGCGAUGAUCGGAUCGCGCGCAGCGAUACUGUCAAGUCAGCCCGGACCAUUCGGCAACAGCCCAUGAGAACGUAUACCCCGGAGGAGGAACAAGGGGACGAGGCGGAUGUGCUCGCUCGUGGCGCAGCGGUCCCAGCCCCAAUCAUCGUCGAGCCGGAGAAGGAGACCACUCCGCUCGACCAAGAGAUCCCCAUGUUCAACAUUCAACCACCUACCCCUGCGCCAUUUCCGGACCCCGGCGAGACGCCGUUUCACAAAGAACAGUACCCACACUCGCCGUACCAGCUUGGAGCGGCGUACGAGUCGCCCUCAAAGCAUGCAGCAUCACCUGCCGCGCAGAGGGACGUCCGGGAGGAGGAUCAUGAGGGGGACAUGGGGAGUGAACACGGCGAGGCGGGAUCAGAGGAGGAUUCCGAGUCCUCGCCACACUCCAGCACCUCGGCGAACAAUCAACCCCGCUCGCGUCCUCCAUCGGUUGCCUACACCGCUCCUCUCCUCGGGUCGGAGGCCCACUCACGUCGGUCAGUAUCUCGCCACUCGUCCCGCAAUUCCGUCGUCGGCUACGGGGAGCACCGGCGUCAAGGCUCAUACCCCAUGUCCGAGGCGUCCAACGGUGGUCGAGGCGCCCGGGAAGGAAGCAUCCGCUCCUCUGGCUCCGGGUUCGGGAGGGGCGGAUGGGCCGUGGCUGCCGCCUCCACUGCGUCCGCGUCUGGACGGAACACACCGCAGAUGUUCCUCCCCUCCGGCCCAAACUCGGGAUGGGGCGAGUUCCACGUCCCCGUGCCUCCUCCUCGCCAGUCUAGCUUCACACCGCUUCCGUCGGCGUCGCUACCACCCAGCUUCGACCGGCUGCUCAAUGGCACCAGGACGCCUGGAGGAUCCGUCGCGAGCGGAAACGGCAGCGUACGGUAUUCCGGGUUGGACGAGCGGGCGCUCUCGGCUCCACUCCCCCGGAAGAGCGAGUCUCAACCAAGCUCGUACUCACAGGACAGCGGCAGCGAGAGCGAUAGCUCGGAGGACGAUGGACUGCCUCAGCCGUCCAGAUCUUACGCGCAGCAAGUGCAGGAUGAAUACGAGAACGGGGAGAGAAGCGUGGAUGAGGGUCGGUCCAGCCGGUACGCCAAUGGCCCACUUAUACCCCGCAAAGACCCGCGGCGGAACUCGAUGAGUCCUCAGACGCAGUAUGCUCCGGGCUUCCCAUCGAACGGUCUGCAGCGGGGAGCACUCUCGCGGUCAGGCCACUCGGAGUACUCGGGCGAGUACGACGAGCCGCAGACAUACGACGACUCACCGCCGUACAGCCGUCCUCCGUCCCGUUCGGCUUCCGUCAUGUCCCGCGCCCUGUCUCCUUCUGGGACUAUGCGGCCCGGCUCUACCGGCGCCUUCCCCCGUCCCGCCUUCCUCGAUCCCGACGUCAUCACCAUCCUACCCGAAAUGACCGUCGAGGACUCGGAACGGCUGUACCGCGCCCCAUCGCCGUCCGAGACGGACGCGGCAUCUCGGCGCAGGAGUUUCAAGGCGAUGAGCGCUAUUGGGCGGUCCAAGACCCCCAGCCAGGCCGGGGAUGCGCAGUCUAUCAGGCGGCCGGCGAGCUCGGUGGGGUUCAGGCGGGACGAUGAGGAGCUGGAAAGAGGAAGUAGGAGGGCCAAAUCGGUCAUGGGCUUCCGAGGCGGUGAUCGUGGCGAAGGGAGCAAGUGGGAGGGAAGCUCUUAUGGCGAUGGGGUAUUGAUGCAGUCUGACGGGCUGGGCGAGUCCAGAGCUGGUAGCUACAAUACGAUGAUUCUCCCCGCUGGCGCUUUUGUCCCAUCCGACCCGAACCGGAAACGUACAUCUAUGAUCGACCCCCGCGUCCUCGGCCUCCCACAUACCACCAUGGCCACGCUCUGCCUGUCCCACUCUGCGCAUAGACUCCCGAUGACCCCGGUUCAUUUGCGCGGAAACCUUCCGCCCCCUGUAGACUUUACGUCGCAUAUCAGGCCACCGUCCAAAGUCGGCAACAGGGAGAUUCUUGUUCAGGUGUAUGCGGUAGCGGUGGAUGGACUGGAUAUACGGACGGUGGAGGAGAAGGGGAAAGGGGAGGUUGGCAAGUGGGUCCCGGGGAGGAGUUUCGUCGGGCGGUGUCUUGGGGUAGGGACGGAGGAGAAGGAGAUUGUGAGAGGAGAGCUGGUUGUGGGGUUGUUGAAUGUUCGAAAGAGCGGAGCCCUAGCAGAGUACAUUGCCUGCGAUCGACGGCACCUAUCCCGCGCUCCCCACCCUACCACGCUCACGCUGGAACAACUCGCCCUUCUCCCGCUCUUUGGGAUCCCCGCUACCCGCGCCGUACGCGGAAACCUCACUCGCGGCGCCCGAGCACUCAUCAUGGACCCGCACGAAGGCGUCUCCGCUCUGAUCUGCCAAGAGAUGAGUCGGGCAGGCGUAAAUGUCACCGCGCUCAUCGGGGGUGGGGACGCGCACCAUGAUGCCCAGACGAGAUGUCUACAGAAUGGGGCAAGAGGCGUAUUGACGGGUGCGCCGGCGGCGGUGAUGCUGGGUCUGGAUGAGGAAGGGUGGGAUGUUGUGGUGGAUACGAAAGGGACGCAGAGGGUGUAUGAUGCUGCUCGUCGGAUGCUCAAGGAUGGUGGCAAAAUCAUCUCCCUCGCUGGCGCAGACCCAUCCCUCUCCGCCCCACCCGCGUCCAAACCAUCCGGCUUCAAGACGCUCCGCCAAGCCUUCUCUCGCCGGAAAAAUAGCAAAUACAUACACUUCACCCAUGUACUCCCAGCGGGCUCGGGCGAGGCGGAGGUAGAUACUUCCGGAAUGGACGUGAGGGAUGUGCUGGACGAGCCGCGCAUGGCUGGGUUUAGACCGGUACUGGAUGAAGAGAGGGUGUGGGCUUUUGAAAGGGGGAUGGAGGCCUUUAGGCUUACGAAGGGACAUGAGGGCGCAGAAGGGGCGGAGGGGGCGGAGAGGGGUACGGGGGCCGGAGUGGGGGUGGUGAGGAUCAUCAAUUGA